UAUUACAUGUACAUAUACUGUAAAUAUACAUAUAUAGAAGUAUUUUUAAAACAUUUUUAACAUUGGUAACCCGUUGAUUUAGUUUAGUAUGAGAGAACAAUCAAUAUACUAGUAAUCCAUGUUUCUGUAUUUAGAAUUCAAUUGUACCGUUAUGAUAUUUUCAGCUUUAUGGCAGCCACUCUGAAAUUUUAAAUUAGUCUUCUUAAUCCUCUAAGACCUCUGAAAUAAAUUCAUUCAAUGGUCUGGAGUAUUUGUGAGCCACUCCUACAUUUGUCACUUAAUAUUAUGAAGUGGAGUAAUGUGUGUGAUUGGUGUGUGUGGUCAGUAUUUAUAUCCCUCUAUCCUCCCACAGGGCAGGAAAGUGAUCCGAAGUGAAAACCCAUCUGCAAAUACCAUCCAGGCCAGCACAGCCUUCCCAAUAUAGUCCCGCAUGCCCACAGCUAAAGGUGGCCCGGGGGCUCAGUUGGGAGUCUUUCCCAUCUAGACUGUGUUGCAUCCACUUGUUUCAAUGGAUGGCCUGAAGAAGGGGGAAGAUUCGGAGGAGGUGGAGAUUAACCUGGGGGACUCCAGCGACCCUGAGGAGUUUGAUCAUGGGGAGCAACCACAGACGCUUUGGAAAGCGCCCUCUCACCCGGAAGCAGAAGAAAGUAUUCAUUCGUCUUCUCUGGUGGAUAUCAGCGACACCAAACCUCUUCUCAAUGUUCGAGACCCUCGAGGGAUCAACGACUGCCUCAAGGUGACGUUUGAGGAUGUUAUUGCCGAGCCGGUGUCGGUGCGCAGCGGGGACCGAGUGUGGAUCUGGAGCCACGCUUUGUUUGAAGUCAGCCGAGUUUGGAUAUACAGGAUCAUCACGGUGCUUCUGGCCAUCCCCAUAUCCAUUCUGUCUGGAAUCCUCUUUGCCGUCCUCAGCUGCAUACACAUAUGGAUGAUCAUCCCGUGCAUCAAGUGCAUUCUUCUGGGAACGCGCUGGCUGCAGAAGCUGUGGAGCGUCGUGCUGGAGGUCCUCGUGCGGCCCUUGUUGGCCAGCGCCGGCCGGUGCUGUGCCGGCUUUAGCCUUCACCUGGCUGAGGAAUAACACACAUAUACUCACCUUUUGCUUGCAAAGUGGGACACGGCCACCAAGUGGACAUUAAUAUUUCAUUACAGUGUUCAACAUAAUGUGUUUACAGCCGCUUUGCUAAGAUAAGUCCAAGUGUGUGAGAUUUGUUCACAGUAACUUGCACCUGACACAUAUUUAGGCUUAUAGUCAUUCACAGUGUGUAGUUGAUGACUUUAUGUGGUACAAACCUUUCUAUUUUAUUUUGUUUUGUUUUUUGAAUUAUGUCCCGCCCAGGCUGCAUGGUGGCCGACUGGUUAGAGCGUCUGCCUCACAGUUCUGAGGACUGGGGUAUAUCAUAUGGUAUUAUAACUCAUUUGACUUGUCUUAAAAUGCACAUAGUAGCUCUGCAAUGCAAUUAUAUAUUAUAUCUACAGGUAUGCAUCUACAUAAAUUGUGUUUUCGCACUUUUUAUUCCAUCAUAUUGAACUCAAGAGACA